AUGACUUCGAAAGCUACUCUUGAAAGAACCGUUGGGAUGUCUUGUAAGUUGUUGGUAGAGUUCAUAUGCAUAUUGAUUUUAAAUAUUUUGAUCUCUGCUUCGACUGGACAGUCUUUCAGCUCCUUUGCACCAAAGCGAGCACAAAAUAUCAAAGGAGACUUCAUCAUCGGCGGCUUAUUUCCUGUGUUCUUGAGCGAGAAAAACACGGCAAAAUGCUACGAUAACAACAGACGUUUUCAACAGUUUAAAUCCCUACGCGGAGACAAGUUAAAUUGUUACAGGAUGAACGUGUUUGGCCUGAUGUGGGUGGAAGCGAUGUUAUUCGCAAUUGAAGAAAUAAAUAACAGUACAAUAAUACUCCCGAAUAUAACGCUUGGUUACGAUAUAAGGGACACUGGAAACAAGGUUCAAUUCGCCAUGGAAGCUGCCCUGGCUUUUUCUUCCGGAUUUGAAAAGCCCAACAAAGGAUCCUAUUCAAACAGAACACAGUGCUAUAAUUCGUCAGUCGUCGCUGUAAUUGGUGGAGCGGGCUCGAAAAUAUCAAAGGCUGCGGGUUAUAUCCUGGGUGUAUCUUCAAUUCCACAAAUAAGUUACUCAUCAACAAGUCCCUCCCUUAGCAUCAAGUCGAAUUUUCCCUCCUUUUUAAGGACCAUCCCACCGGACUAUAUGCAAGCACAGGUUAUGGCCGAUUUAGUGACGUUUUACAACUGGAGUUAUGUGUCAACUAUUGCUACCGACGAAGAUUACGGAAGACUAGGGAUCGAGGCAUUUAAAAGAGAAUUAAAGCCGAGAAAUAUUUGCAUAUCUGUUGAUGAGCUUUUUCACCCAGACUACACGCUGUCGGAGACGAAAGCACAAAUCGCGCGCAUAGUCAGCGCACUCAAGGAAGACAAGCUUGCAAAGGUCGUUGUCUUGUUCUGCGAAAUACCAAACGCGUUAGUCUUCUUAGAAGAAGCCGAAAGACAAAACCUAGCAGGAAAAAUUUGGAUUGGAACAGACUCGUGGGGAGAUAAGGAAUCAAUUCUAUCGUUUAAAGACUCAACGGUGAGUGGGAUGUUGGCUGUUGUGCCGACCAAAGGAAACAUUGAAAAAUUUGAAAAGCACAUGGAAACACUGACACCCUUAACAUCUAGGCAUAAUCCUUGGUUUGAGGAUUUUUGGCAGGGGACGUAUGGAUGUGAACAAGAGAAAAGCAAAGAUCGCUGUAAAGAGAAUCCCUCUAUCAAAAACCACACGGAAUUGAACCAACAGAAUUGUACGUCGUAUGACGUCAUCUGUCAUGGUUUCUCAGGUGAUGGGCUUCCAAACGCAGCUAGUUUGCAGAUGAGUAAGGCUGCAAACGUUAUGGAUGCAGUUUAUACUGUAGCCUUAGCACUUAAUGACAUCAUAAAGUGUAAAAAAGGAAGAGGCCUUUUGCCAAAUGACGAAUGUCCAAAAGUGAUGAAAAACCAGAAAAACGGUGUCGACCCGUCAGAUGUUUUAACAUAUAUCAAGAACUUAUCGUUCACCGGUAAACUUGGUUUUCCAAUCAUGUUCGACAAGUAUGGAGACAUCAAAGGUUUGAAAAAUAAAUUAUUUCAUUUAUUUACAUGUAUUGUUAACCUUUAAGUCCCAAGAGUGACCAACAUCAAUUUCCUCCCAACAAUACCAAAACAUAAUUAAAAGAAAAGUUUAUGAGAAUAAAUAAAGUGAUCAUCUCAGGCAAAAUGCCUUGAUCUUUGAACACAUUCCCUCAACUAAUUCUGUAAGGAAAUGUUUGGGGAUUAGUUUGGAGAAUUUGUAUUUGGAUACUGGGGCUUAAAAAGUUAAGACGUGUUCACGUAAGGGGUAUAGUUACACACUGAUUCAUGUUUUACAUGCAGCUUUUACAUAAAAAAAUUUAUCAUUUUUUACCCUGAAAUCAAUAAACUGAUAAGAACAUAAAAAAGAACGGUGAUAAUGUUUAAAAUUGUGUCUACACAUUAUACAGUGCAACCUCGAUAUAACGAAGGGCAAAGGGACUGGCAAAAUUUGUUCUCUAUAACGAGGUUUCGUUAUAUUGAGGUUCUUUUUCAUAUAUUUUACCAUUGCUGAGUUAACUAGUUCGUUUUAUCGAGGACUUCGUUAUGCGAGAGGUUCGUUAUAUCAAGGUUCCACUGUACUCAGUCUUCGAAAACUAAUUAUGUACCACACUUGGUUUCACUGGGUGCACAGUUUCUAAAAGCAAGGCGUUAUUACCGAAAUAUUUUACAUGUGAACCAAGUCAAGAAGUUACAAACUUUAUUUUCUUUUAAAACAAACGUCAACUUCGGUGGUAAAUUCGUUUAACACCAGACAGCUGAACAAAUCCGAUUGUUAUUCACAUUUUUUGUGUUUAUUUAUUAGCAUUUUAAAUUUUAUUCAGAAUUACAGUUCUGUAUCAAUGUUGCAAAUUUCGUUUUCGUAAUAAAUUAGCGUUUAUUGAUAAUUCGACCUUCAAUCACCUUGACUUUACAUUAAACUUUCAAGGUCAUUAUCAAGGAGAUUAUAUCAGGAUGAAAUAUAAUAGGUGGUUUUCAAGUUACGUCAUCGCCGCCAUGCUGGUGGACGGUAAACAAAAGAUCGCUCAUUAGCUUGCUUUGUUUGUCCACCAGCAUUUGUUCAUUUCACCAUUGUUAUUUGUGUCUCCCGAGACUGCAUGAAAACCACCUAUACGGGCGGCAAUCACCUGUCAACUUGCGGGUUGCCAUCUUAAUUCACAAUAUGCAAUCUUCUAAUAUUGAAUUUACUAUAGCAGGUAAUUUUGCAGUAGAACUGUUGUUGCGUUGCACCAGUCUAGCCUGAAUUUCAUCCCAUUACUUCGAGUCGUUAUUACUCCCUCAGUAACGUCUGAAUCGACCGGUCGUUUAAUGCCGUCCAGUGACGUCACUAUUCCUUGCUUCAACUCAUGCAAAAAGUUAAACACGAUUUUGACGUGGCAAACCAAGAAAUAUCGUUUGGAAAUGUCUGCAUCAUACAGAAUGGCUUUAAUUUUUUAGAUCGUAAUUCAUGUUAACGUUCAAACUACCAACUGCAUGCAGUACUCUGAACCGGUUAUAAUUCCAUAAUCAAAUUCGGUCGCAAUCACACAAUGAAAUAAAUACACACACGGAACACUUAGUUCAAAAAACACAACGAUUUGCUUUAAUUGAAAAGAAGCUAUUUGGUCCUUAACGAAGAAAAAAGAAAACAAUGAAACAAGAAAGAAAAGCUAACAGAAUCAUUGCACUAGACGGGGAAAAUAGCUAGAAGGUCGAAUUACAACAUUGGUCUCGGAAACUUCGCAUACACAAAAUCACUGCCGAAACCACAAAGCGGCUCUAAAUGAAAAACCUACCAACUCUAAGCAAUGAUUCUUUAUUCGCAGUUCAAUUUAGCAUUUCAGUUUUGAAGACGAGGGCAAUUUUGCUGUCUGCAAUAAAGAUUAUCGAAAUGUUUGAACACCACGCAAGCAAGGGAUGUGAUCCGCUGAAUAUCAAGCGACAAUCGCGCUAAAUUUUCUCAUAAUUAUGCAUAAUUGUGCGAAGUUUAGACAAUCAACCAAUCAAAAUCACUACCCGGUUUUCGGGUAGUGAUGACGUCACUAGACGGCAUUAACGGCCGGUCGAUUCAGACGUUGCUGAGGGGAGAAAACGACUCGAAGCAAUCGGAUGAAAUUCAGGCUAGCACCAGUCAAGCUUAGGCUUUUUAUAUUAAUUGAAAAAUUUUCUCCUCCAUCUAGCCUUUUUGUGAGAAGAGCAACGGUAGAUGGUUGUGGGUUGGAUUCCCAGCGUAGUAAAAUAUUUGUUCGCCUCUCAUGGUUUCCCAAUUCCCUUUGCUGAGGACGGAAGCCUAUAUAUCCACCAGUGUUAACCUCCCCUUCAGGUGAUAGUUUUAUAUUAGUGAGCUUAAGCAACGAGGACGGAGACGGCAACGAGAACGGCAAAAAAACGAUAGGUUUAGAUCAGCAAAACAACAAUUUUGCACGUGCAUCACGCUUUUUUGUACAUUUCUUUGCCGUCACUGCACAACUACGACGUUAAACUUCCUAAUUUUACGUUUUAUGGAGGACGUGAACACAAGACAACGAUUUGCGUUUUCUUUUUGCGAACUUAUAGACAGUCCUUUAGAAUGCAACUUUCUAAAAAAUCGCCAACAAUUGACAAAUUAAAGGAAUUGGAAUAAGAGCGAUGAAGAUUGAAACAGCGCGAAUUCACUUUUUGGUUGACGUUUUUGCUGGCGUUGCCGUCGUCGUUGCUUAAGCUCCCCAUUAUUCAGGGCAAAAACAUCAACUGCCCAUCGAUGUUUGACGCUAUUGUUUUUGCUACUUGCUAUAGGUAACUUCUUGGUAAAAAGCUUACAGCCUGACCCUGAUCACGUGCAUGGCAAGAAAUUCAUUACGUUAGGGACCUGGAAUUGGGCCAGGCGCCAGCUCCAUUUCCACAACGGUACCAACAUAUCAUGGAAUGGCUGGAAUCCGAAGGUUCCUUUCUCGCGGUGCAGUUCAUCGUGUGCACCUGGGUUCUACAAAGUUCAGGGUGAUUUGAAAUGCUGUUGGAAGUGUGUUCAAUGUCCGUCUGGAUCAAUCACAAACACCACUGGCCAAUCAGCAUGCUUUGUGUGUCAAGUGGGAUACACCUCAAAUGAGAACCACACGCAGUGUUUAAAGCUCCCAGAUGUUUAUCUGGAGUGGGGGUCGGUAGCCGGAAGUGUUAUUUUAGCCUUAUCGGGUUUUGGUUUCUUGAGCUCAGUUUUCGCGCUCGGUGCCUUCUACAAAUAUCGAAACAGUGCGGUUGUGAAAGCUUCGACACGCGAAUACUCACUGUUGCUUUUAUCAAUAAUAUCUUGCAUGUUUCUUCUACCUCUGCUCUAUAUAGGCCGACCCUCUAACACUAUCUGCACGACGCAGCCUUUUUGUUUUGGAUUAGUAAUUACGUUAUGGACUUCCCUCAUGUUGACAAAAACAUUACGCCUUCUGCUGAUUUUCAAAAAAAGGCUUCUACCAGGGAAGGUUGGUUUUUAUGGCAUUCAUAUGCAACUCUUAAUAUCGCUUGCUUUAACAGUAACUGUCUUGGCUGCAAUCUUUCCAUGGUUGUUGAAAUUCCCUCCAAAAGUAACACCGCACUACUUCGAGUCUCAAGUCAGCAUUGACUGCGGCGACAAGGCGGACACUUUACUCACAAUCAUAUUGGGAUAUUCCGCUGUACUAGCAAUACCGUCGACGUAUCUGGCUUAUAGAGCUCGUAAACUGCCUGAGAACUUCAACGAAACUCGACUUAUUGGGUUUACAUUAUUCACUGUGUGUGUCAUCUGGAUAAUAGUUGUUCCAUCGUAUCAUGACAGUGAUGUGGAAAACAGGCGCAUAAUUCUAUGCUGUGCUCUCAUAACUACGGGUUUUACCAUCCUCGUUUGCAUGUUUUCCACUCGUCUAAGAAUUAUUUUAUUUCAACCCGAGAAAAACAAGACUGAACUGGUGCGAGCCAGUAUGUUUGAUUACACAAUGCGCAUGCGCAAUGGAUCGACCGCUGCUAAGCAACUUCGGAAAAUGUCCGUAGUCACCGUUGGUACUUUUUCUGUGCCAGCCAAAGACUGUUAA